AUGUCCGGUUCACGACACCCGCAGUUUAAUCAGUCGGUCUUGAUUGACAAGACCCCCCUUCCUACUUCAAUCCCGCCAGUCCAGGAAGUUGGCGCAACAUCGGCCCCAUUGCUGAGUAGUUCCUACUUCAUCGGCGCCAGGUGUAAGGAUUACAAUGAGGACUACAUCCUUUGCAAGCACGAGGCCGGGGGAAAGGGAGAGGUCGAGUGCUUGAAGGAGGACAUGGACUUGCGACUCAUGUGCGAUGGGGGUGGCAGUCUCGCGGACAUCAAUAAAUACUGCCUCAAGGAGUUCCGAGCUCACUGGGAGUGCCUUGAGAACAACAACCAUAGGUUAUUCCACUGCAGGGCACAGGAGAAGCCCUACAACAAGUGUGUGUUCGACAACUUGAAACUUGAGAAAGUUAUUCCUGGUGUUCCUAAAGGCGAGACUCCGGUACACCUUAAGUAG